AUGGAGCGCAGAUCACGGAGCUGGGCCCUUGGCCUCAGCUUCAUUGGCUUCUUUGUGCUUCUAUUCUCGUUGGGUUUCGUCCAGCAGGUGAAAGCUGCCGACGAUGUAGCGGAUUAUGGCACUGUUAUCGGUAUUGAUCUGGGUACUACCUACUCUUGCGUUGGUGUGAUGCAGAAGGGCAAGGUUGAGAUUCUGGUCAACGAUCAGGGCAACCGUAUCACUCCGUCCUAUGUCGCCUUCACCGAUGAGGAGAGACUCGUUGGUGAUGCCGCCAAGAAUCAGGCGGCUGCGAACCCGCACAGAACUAUUUUUGACAUCAAGCGCCUGAUUGGCCGGAGGUGGUCGGAUAAGGACGUUCAGAAUGAUAUCAAGCACUUCCCCUACAAGGUCAUCAACAAGGAUGACAAGCCUGUUGUUUCCGUCAAGGUUAAGGGCGAGGAGAAGAUCUUUACUCCUGAGGAGAUCUCGGCCAUGGUUCUCUCCAAGAUGAAGGAGACCGCUGAGAGCUACCUGGGCAAGAAGGUUACCCAUGCCGUCGUUACCGUUCCCGCCUACUUCAACGACGCCCAGCGUCAGGCUACAAAGGAUGCCGGAACUAUUGCUGGCCUCAACGUCCUCCGUAUCGUCAACGAGCCCACCGCCGCCGCUAUCGCCUAUGGCCUUGACAAGACCCAGGGUGAGCGCCAGAUCAUCGUUUACGACCUUGGUGGUGGCACUUUCGAUGUUUCCCUCCUUUCGAUCGACCAGGGUGUCUUCGAGGUCCUGGCCACUGCCGGUGAUACCCACCUUGGUGGUGAGGACUUUGACCAGCGUAUCAUCAACCACUUCGCCAAGCUCUUCAACAAGAAGCACGGUGUCGAUGUCACCACCGACCCGAAAGCCAUGGGCAAGCUCAAGCGUGAGGCGGAGAAGGCCAAACGUACCCUCUCGAGCCAGAUGUCCACCCGGAUUGAGAUCGAGUCGUUCUUCCAGGGCAUUGACUUCUCUGAGACCUUGACCCGCGCCAAGUUUGAGGAGCUGAACAUGGAUCUUUUCAAGAAGACUCUCAAGCCCGUUGAGCAGGUGCUCAAGGAUGCUAAACUCAGUAAGAGCGACAUCGAUGACAUCGUCCUCGUUGGCGGUUCCACUCGUAUUCCCAAGGUCCAGGCCCUUAUUGAGGAGUUCUUCGGUGGCAAGAAGGCUAGCAAGGGUAUCAACCCUGAUGAGGCUGUCGCCUUCGGUGCUGCCGUCCAAGCUGGUGUUCUGAGCGGUGAGGAGGGUACUGAGGAGAUCGUCCUCAUGGACGUCAACCCGCUCACCCUUGGUAUUGAAACCACUGGCGGUGUCAUGACCAAGCUCAUUCCGCGCAACACCCCCAUCCCGACCCGCAAGAGCCAGAUCUUCUCGACCGCCGCCGACAACCAGCCUACGGUCUUGAUCCAGGUGUACGAGGGCGAGCGUUCUCUGACCAAGGACAACAACCUGCUCGGCAAAUUUGAGCUCACCGGUAUUCCUCCGGCUCCUCGUGGUGUUCCUCAGAUUGAGGUUACUUUCGAGCUCGAUGCCAACGGUAUCCUGAAGGUGUCGGCCGUCGACAAGGGCACCGGCAAGUCCGAGUCCAUCACCAUCACCAACGACAAGGGUCGUCUCACCCAGGAGGAGAUUGACCGCAUGAUUGCCGAGGCCGAGAAGUACGCCGAAGAGGACAAGGCCACUCGUGAGCGUAUUGAGGCCCGCAAUGCACUGGAGAACUAUGCCUUCAGCCUCAAGAACCAGGUCAACGAUGAGGAUGGUCUGGGCAAGAAGAUUUCGGCUGAGGACAAGGAGACCAUCCUUGACGCCGUCAAGGAGGCUCUGGAUUGGCUGGAUGAGAAUGCCGCCACUGCUACCACUGAGGACUUCGAGGAGCAGAAGGAGAAACUGUCGAAUGUUGCCUAUCCCAUCACCAGCAAGCUGUACUCGGGCGGCUCCGCGGGUGGCGCGGAUGAUGAACCGGAGAGCCAUGAUGAACUUUAG